AUGGAAUUUCAGAAACCCUUAGCGUUACCCUUGGGACCGCUGCCCUUGUGGUUCCUGGCACUUUGGGCCAACUUCGGCUGCGUUGCUGAAUACCUCCUGCUCUUUCGACCUUACCUGGUGGGCUGCGCCUUCUUGGGCUGCAUCUUUGGGCCUUUGGCAUAUCUCGGUGGAGAAGAGCUGAAGGCCUUGCAAAUCCAUGGCAGGUUUGGCCUUGGCAUGGUGGCGCUUGAAUGGUCGCUGUGCUUCCCUCUGCUGGUCGCGGUGGCCGACUGGUGCCUGGCACCCAAAGCACUGGCUGCUCACGACUGA